AGAAUUAGUCUGCUUACUUGGUAUUUUCUCGUUACCGCACGCGUAAACCACAUGGCCCAGGUUCUCGCCCCAUUGGUCACUGAUUGCUAUCGCCGCUAUAUAUAAAUGUAUUCUCGGAGUAAAUUCGAUUGCGAGGCUGUCCAUUUCACGACGCCAACGAUAAGACCGUGAUAACAAUUGUUCCUCAAGAUGUUUGUAGAAACGAUCGAAUGAAACAUGCAACGAGUGAAGUUGUGUGUUGUGUGUUGUUUAUUUGCAGGUAAGUUGAGAAUAGAAAUCGACGCACCAAGUAUGGUAUCUCUCAAAGACAUAGCGCCAUCAGCUCAAAACAACAUAAAUACGCAGUUCAUAAUCCUAGAAAAGAGCAAAACAACGACAAUGGAAGGGCAGUACAAAUGUUGUUUGGGGCUCGUGGCUGACGAGACAGCUGCAGUUAACUUCCAGUUCUGGCAAGAUGAAUGUGAGGCGUUUGAAGCAGGUGACAUUGUACGCUUGACUAAUGGUAUAUUCUCUUUCUCACAUCACAACAAUUUGGUGCUAAGAGCAGGCAAGAAAGGGAAAAUAGAAAAGGUUGGAGAGUUUACGAUGGUGUUUGUAGAGACACCAAAUAUGAGUAAAAUUAGCUGGGUUCGUGAUCCUAAUAACUCUAACAAGUAUGUGCAGCAAGGUGUUCCUUCUGCUUCAAUGCCCUGAUAUGAAGGGCCAGGAGGAUUUGUAAUAAAGACUUGCAAUUAGACUAAGAACCUUAUUUAUAAUUUUCAAAUUUCAGUAUUUAGAAGGAUCCAGAGAUUUCAUCACAGAAAAUCCGAGAUUAGCUUUAAUUUUUAUUUGUCUGAAACAAAUCAAGUGCUAAUCACCGAUAACUUUGAUCCGAAGAUUUUGGACCAAUUACAUUAUAUUUCUCUAAUAAUAUCUCAUUUAUGUAUCUAA